ACCUCCUACCUGACUUCCCCGUCAGAAGUUUAAUGUGUUAACAUCGAUGGUUGACGUUAAUCUCUCAUGCGUUCUCUAAACGACCUGCUCGGAGAAACCACUGAACACAGAAAACACUGGGAGGAGAGAAAUUACCUUUACAACUACCGUAAGAAAUACAUACUAAAAACAGGGAUCUCACGCUGCUGCUUAAUCACACUAGGUUUUUAACAAUCAGAAUCAAAAGUGAAAGUUAACUUUUGUACAAGGCUCGGUCAUUCCAGAGGACGGAUUGUCACAAGAACAAAAUGGCUUCCAGAUUAUCUGUCCAAGAGGACGAUCUAUCCUGUGCUGUGUGCUGUGACAUCUUCAAGGAUCCCGUCAUCCUGUCAUGUAGUCACAGCUUCUGUAAAGCCUGUCUGCUGGAAUACUGCAGGGGGAAGGCAGAACAGGAAUGUCCAGUUUGCAGGAGAAGAUCUUCAAGGGCAGAUCCUCCCUGUAACCUGGUCUUAAAGAACCUGUGUGAGGCAUUCUUACAGGAGAGGAGGCGGAGAGAUUCAGGGGAGUCUGAGGAGCGCUGCAAUCUGCACAACGAGAAACUCAAGCUCUUCUGUCUGGACGAUAAACAGCCCAUCUGUGUUGUGUGUCAGGCCUCCAGAAAACAUAAAAACCACAACUGCUGCCCCAUAGACGAAGCUGCACAGGACCACAGGGAAGAACUCCAGACUGUCCUGAAGCCCUUACAGAAGAAGCUGAAGGUCUUUAAUGAAGUUAAAGAAAUCUGUGAUGAAACAGCAAAGCAUAUUAAAAGCAAGGCCCAGAGCACAGAGAUACUGAUUAGAAAGGCGUUUGAGAAGCUCCACCAGUUUCUACGAGAGGAAGAGGAGGUGAGGAUAGCUGUUCUGAGGGAGGAAGAGGAGCAGAAGAGUCAGGUGAUGAAGGAGAAGAUUGAGGAGAUGAGCAGAGGGAUAUCAUCACUUUCAGACACAAUCAGAGCCCUAGAGGAGGAGCUGAGAGCUGAAGACAUCUCAUUCCUCAAGACCUAUAAGGCCACAGUGGUAAGAACCCAGUGCACACUGCCGGAUCCACAGCUGGUCUCAGGAGGGCUCAUAGAUGUCGCCAAACACCUGGGAAACCUGCAGUUCAGAGUCUGGGAGGAGAUGCAGGGGAUCGUGAAAUACAAUCCUGUGAUUCUGGACCCCAACACUGCCAACCCAAAUCUUCUCCUGUCUGAGGACCUGACCAGUGCCAUAUACAAUGAUGAGAGACAGCAGCUUCCUGACAACCCAGAGAGGUUUAAUUACUAUAAAAUGGUAUUGGGCUCUGAGGGCUUUACCUCAGGGACACACAGCUGGGACGUUGAGGUAGGGUUCAAUAAAGCCCUGGGUGUGAUAGCAGAGUCCGUCCAGAGGAAGGCAAAAGUAGAAAGUGGAUUUUGGUGUUUAAGCCUUUGGUGUGUAAGCACCUGUGAUGCUUAUGGUUAUGAUGUUGGUGGUGAUAUUAGAUAUAAAGUGGAGUCCCCACCGAGGCCAGACAUCCAGCUCAGAUUGACAAAGAAACCCCAGAGGAUCAGAGUGCAGCUGGACUGGGACAGAGGAACGCUGUCAUUCUCUGACCCUGAUAAUAACACAUGUUUACACACUAUUACACACACUUUCACUGAGAGAGUCUUUCCCUACCUUCUCAAUGAAUGUGCCCUCCAGCCAAUGAGCAUUUUACCAGGGUAAGCCUCUGUGAUGGUGGAACAGAACACUUAGAGAGUCUGUGAUGGUGGAACAGAACACUUAGAGCCUCUGUCUAUAAUGGUGGAACAGAACACUUAGAGCCUCUGUCUAUAAGGGUGGAACAGAACACUUAGAGCCUCUGUCUAUAAUGGUGGAACAGAACACUUAGAGCCUCUGUCUAUAAUGGUGGAACAGAACACCUAGAGCCUCUGUCUAUAAGGGUGGAACAGAACAAUAAGAGCCUCUGUCUAAUGGUGGAACAGAACACUUAGAGCCUCUGUCUAUAAUGGUGGAACAGAACAAUAAGAGCCUCUGUCUAAUGGUGGAACAGAACACUUAGAGCCUCUGUCUAUAAGGGUGGAACAGAACACUUAGAGCCUCUGUCUAUAAUGGUGGAACAGAACACUUAGAGCCUCUGUCUAUAAUGGUGGAACAGAACACUUAAAGCCUCUGUCUAUAAGGGUGGAACAGAACACUUAGAGCCUCUGUCUAUAAGGGUGGAACAGAACACUUAGAGCCUCUGUCUAUAAUGGUGGAACAGAACACUUACAGCCUCUGUCUAAUGGUGGAACAGAACACUUAAAGCCUCUGUCUAUAAUGGUGGAACAGAACACUUAGAGCCUCUGUCUAAUGGUGGAACAGAACACUUAAAGCCUCUGUCUAUAAGGGUGGAACAGAACACUUAGAGCCUCUGUCUAUAAGGGUGGAACAGAACACUUAGAGCCUCUGUCUAUAAUGGUGGAACAGAACACUUAGAGCCUCUGUCUGUAAUGGUGGAACAGAACACUUAAAGCUUAUACUGUAGAAUAUUAUUUGUGUUUCUUGUCUCAGUUAUGAAUUGCUCUAAGCAGAAGACAGACAAAGCCUGGGAAGCAGUUAGUUAGGUAAACACAUUAACUUAGCUAUUUUCGAAUGUAGCUGAAGCUAUGGUUAUUUUUAAAUCCAUGAGCCAUGAAAAAAUGUUUUUACUUUUUACUAUGCGUUGUGUAUUUUGUUUUUAAUAUUGAAUUGUAUAGAUUUGAAUUGGCUGAAAAUAAUUCGAAUUUGUGAUAUAAAUCACUCAAUAUAUAGUUUUAAUAUUUUGUCAAAUGAAUUUUAAUAAAAACAUACUGUAUAUUCUUGUAA